AUGGAGCAACAACGUCACAGCAAUGGAGUCAAGCAUGUUGGGGAGGCUAUGCCAUCACCGCAUGGGUUUGUCGUUCGGCCCACCCUGCCGGACAGAGACGUAAACCCUGCUUCUAUAGAGGAAGCCUAUGUGCGCUUCAUCUUUUACUGCAACCCUGCUCUCCAGCUCGACUGCGACACGGACAGUCUGAGAGAUGCCUUCCGCUCCCCUCCGCGCAGCGGUGGCAAGUCCUUCGAUACAUUUACCAUAUACGAACUCGUCAAGAAGUUUUACAACAAGGAGAUUAAGACUUGGACUGAGUUGACGACGACCCUUGGCGUUGAGCCGCCUGAUCCAACCAAAGACGAGAGUGCGCAAAAGGUUGCACAAUAUGGUGUUCGACUAAAGAAAUGGAUGAACUCGAUGCAUGUCAAGGCAUUCUUUGAGUAUCUCAUGAACAUACCCAAUGACUACUGGAUGAGGGUUCCCACGGACCAUAACCCUACUGGCAGUGCCGUUCGUGACGGCGUUGCCCUUGAGGAUGACAUGGCGCUGAGGGCUUUGCUGCCCCAUAUACGACCCAAGAGAGGCCGCAAGAGACCAGAGGCAGACGAUGUUGUGCAGCCACACCCCCAGCGACAGCGGCUGUCACCGGCCUCUGCGGCAGACGACUAUCGUCAGGGACAGCCAGGGCCUUGGUCGGCUCAUCCGGAUGCCCACGGAGGCACACCGUUGGACGCCCCGAGAACGCAGAAUCCGGCUGCGUGGGGACAGAACGAGUCAUUACAAUCCCACGUCGGGCGCUGGCCGCAAUCCGCAGUCACACCCACGACCAGGGGCUCCUUUUGGGAUGAUGCUCUUGAGCCUCAAUUGGCAGUGGCUCAAAGCAAGACAAAGGUGUCUAGUCAUCGCAGAGGCGCCAAAAACGUGUCUUCGGCGUGGAAAACGGUCGGUCAAGACCCGGCCACCCGGCCAAGAGGUCGGCCCCCCAUCAUCCGGACGCCUGCCGAUGCGCCCGGCCAAUAUCUGGCGCAUGGCUGGACGCCAACUAAUGAGACCACUCCGCCGGGAAAUCCAUACUAUCCCAGGCCAAACCCACCGGCACAUACAGAACAGCCGCAGCCGCAGCCGCAGCCGCAGCCACCGGCGCAGCAAUAUCACCACCAGUUUCCUGGAAACCAGAACGGAGCCAUGUCCACUGGGCAGGGUGGCCAGCACGCACCGUACGAAGGCACGCCAAGACCAUCUCGACCUAGCAUCUCAUUACAGCUUCCCGAACGAGCCAGUGGAAGCGUGCGCUUGGCUACACCUCCCGCGCCAGCACCAGUGUCAGUCCCGGCAUCAGUACCAGUACCAGCGCCAGCGCCACGGGCGGAGCCCGCAGCAUCACCUGCACAAGUCCAAGUCAACGGCGUCGAGCCCAGUGGCCAAGUCCCUGGCGACGACAGCAAGUACCAGGAUGGCUGGCGCAAAUUCGCAAGGGAAGCGGCCGAUGCCUACGAACUGCCCCCCCAGAGCCACGGCGCGGCCAGCCCAGGUAACUUUGGAGACAAGGACAAGGCCAAGGACAAGGACAGGGACAGGGACAGGGACAGGGACAAGGCCAAGGACAAGGACAAGGACUCUGAAAAGGACUCAGACUUGCCCGACUACUACUUUGACAGGAUGGACGACCGGACAAACGUCGACGUGCUAACAGCAUACUUUACGCGCUCCAUGACGGAAGCCGACUGGCGAGACGUCGACGGAAACCCAGCAAAGAGCGUCUCGCUGGAAGAAUCCGCCGCCAUGGUCCACGCAAUGCUCCAAACCAUGUACAAAACCGCCACUUCGCCGCAGGCCUUUCUCAUCAACCUGGCCGCGCUCGCGGGGUCUACGACGCUCGUCACGACCAGACCAAAAUGCACGCGCCUGAGCGAGAUUGACGGCCAGUUCCGGUACAAGUGCGAAUGGGAGUAUCGCUUCGGCCACGUCAAAGGCGGCUUCACGUUUGAGCAGGUGGUGCCGGCAAGCAUGUGGGCCAAGACGAAGCAUCCGUCGACCAGGGACGAGGACGAGGACCAGGAGCCUGAGGGCGAGUUCACAAGGGAGUACUGGCAGAAGAAGUACGAGGCCCUGACGGCCGAGCUGGAGAGUCGAGAUAGGGUCCUGGCUGAUUUGAGGGACAAGGUGACCAAGGCUCUGGGGCGGGACUUUAUGUGA